UUACAAACGGUCGCCCCGCAUCGGCUCUGGUCCCGCCCACCAGACGUUACGUACGUCACACAACAAGGAAACAGAUUAGCGACCGUCGACUGCACUUUAUCCCCCCGGAGCUCCACUUCAAACAAGGUCUCCUAUGUAAACCGUUGUGGCUGAGAGGAGAAGGUUCGGCAGUGUCUCUGUGAUGAUGGACAGUUAGUUCAUCCUGUCAGUACUCCAAUGGAAGCUCCAGUCACAGCUGCCCCUCCUCCAAACUCCUCCACCGUUCCUGCCCCGGUCCCGCUGCGCCCGGCCGUCGCCCCCUCCGUGCAGCUGGGCUUCACCAUCCUCUACACCAGCCUGUACAGCGCACUGUUCCUGGUGGUGUACGUCCAGCUGUGGCUUCUCUACCUCUACAGACACAAGAGAUGGAGCUACCAGAGUGUCUUCCUGUUCCUCUGCCUGCUCUGGGCCGCCCUCCGCACCACCCUGUUCUCCUUCUACUUCUGUAAUGCUCUGGAGGCCAACCACCUGCCUGUUGUAGUCUACUGGCUGCUCUACUGCUUCCCUGUGUGUCUGCAGUUCUUCACUCUCAGCCUUAUUAACCUGUAUUUCACUCAGGUGUUACUCAAAGUGAGAGAGACUUACAUCUCAGAAGUGGAAAGAGGAGUGUGGCUGGCACGGUGCAUGUACGGUGCACUGAGCGCUGUCUUUCUCUGCAUCAACGUGGUUUGUGCUGUCCUCGGGGACAGAGGCGUCGGGUCAGGGGAGAGGACCUGGAGUCUGGUCCUGGUGCGAGUUCUGGUCAACGACUUGCUCUUCAUCCUGGAUGCGGUGUUACUGGCAGCCUUGCUGUUGCUCCUGACCAAGCACUCACGCUCCACCAGCCCCUACCUCAUAAGCAAGGGGACCACAGUGUGCCGUACAGCCACGCUGGGAGCAGCAGUCAUCUUGCUGUUUGCCAGUCGAGCCUGCUACAACCUGGCGGUGCUCAUUCUGUCUCAGAGCCACCGGGUGGAGUCCUUCAACUUUGACUGGUACAACGUCUCCGACCAGGCUGACCUGCGUAGUGAGCUGGGUGACAGGGGCUACCUGGCCUUCGGAGCCAUCCUCUUCAUAUGGGAGCUGCUCCCAACCAGCCUGCUCAUUCUCAUCUUCAGAGUCCGCCGGCCCGCUCAGGAGACCAGCAGCAUAGCCAUUAACAACAGGGUGCUACCUCGUCCAUAUUUCUUCGACGACCCUCAGGGCAGUGAUGAUGACGCACCUGCUCCAUGGGAACGCAGUUCACAUCCACGCUCAAGCUGGUACGGGUCAGAGACGGCUCCUCUCCUGUUUCCCAGCAACCCUCAAGACCAGAGCCACCAGCACCACUCGUUCUACUCCACCCCCCAGAACUGACACCUCACCUCUAUCAGGGUCCUCCUGUCCUCCAUCACAUCCAGCGGCCAGUUGUACCUCCCUCUGGACAGUUUUUGCACUGAAAACCUCAGGAAUUCAUCAAGAAACAGUGAAUUUGCACCUUGUAGUUUUUGAACAGAGAAUAUAUAUUGAAGAUGAUUCUUGUCUGAAAGGGAACAAACUGUUAAUGUGCUCAGUGAUCUCUUUGUGGAGGUUCAGGUGAUAUUAAGUCACAAUGUGUACGCUUGUUUUAAAUAAGUCAUUGUUCUGUUGUUUAUGAAACAAAACUAGUUCAAAACUUACAAUCCCUAAAAAUUGCACAUUUAUCUUCGUUAGCAUUCCUUAUAAAUUAAUGCACAUAAUAUAGUUUAUAAGCUCCCUUGGGAACAACCACUGACCAUAUUAGUAUGUGAAGAAGGUAACUUUUCUCUAACACUGUUUGAAGUGUAUAGGAAACUGACUAAUACACAAAGUUCCUUUUUGCAUUUGGUGUUCUUUCUUUAAGACCAGUCCCACAUACAGUCAUGGAAAAAAUUAUUAGAUUACCCUUGUUUUCUCUAAUUUCUUGUUCAUUUUAAUGCCUGGUACAGCUGACGGUACAGUUUCUUUAGACAAAUAUAAUAAAACAAAAAUAGCUCAUAAAAGUUUAAUUUAAGAGCUGAUAUCUAGACAUUUUCCAUGGUUUCUUGAUAAUGAUUUUGUUUACUAUCAAGAAAUCCAUGGAAAAUGGACAAGAAAUUGAAGAAAACAAUGGUCUAAUGAUUUUUUUCCAUGACUGUAUAACUGCAGGUAUUCACCUGCUGGGUUGUUUCCUUUAAGUCCUGUCACUUUUGCUAAGAGUCAUUUUCAAUUAAACAUUUUUUUUUUGAUUAUUCCAUUCCUGUAUUAACUGUAUUUUGAUGGACGUUUAACUUAUUUUAUGACUCCUGUUCUACCUUUUAAUUGUAGCUAUAAAAUCAAAUGUAAUUUUAAUAUGCGACUUUUACUGGAAUGAGGCUUCCUCAUAGGUAUUUGCUCAUGUGACUUUGACUUUACCACAUGAUUGAUAUUUACUGUGUAAAAGCAAACCAAUAAAAAAAUCCAAAGACGCUUUUUCAUCCUGUUGCUAAACAGAAAACAUGUUUUUCUGCAUAAUUUUUUUGAAUCAUUUUCAAGGAAGGUUCCCACAAAGAACAAUGUAAUUUGUUAUCAAUUGUAGAAAAACAUUUCCUUUGUGCUUAACGUAAAACACUGAUUUGAAAAAUGUGUUUUAAAAAAAACCAAGAUUGCAAUAAUAAAUACAUAGUGAAUGAAAAUGAA